AUGUAUUGUCAAAAAUGCAGGACUCCUUUGAAACUCGAUUCCUCUCUGGACCAUCUCAAUCCGUCCUCGUUUAAGAUCUUGGUUGACUCAACCCCAUCUCUACCAUCUCACACUCCCCAUCCACCCAAAACACUUGCUGCUCGUGAGCGGAGAGAUAUAUAUGACAAGGCUGCACAAAAUGCAGGACCCGCUCAGCAGAAACGCUCCAUACCGGCACCUCAGAAGACAGCCACUAAUUUCAAUCCUGCUAUGUCUUAUGUUAUGUUGAGCGAAUCUCAGCUUGGCCCAUUGUCACCAGAAGAGCCAAGUUUUUCGAAGAAAGCCNNCCGAAAAGAUUCAAAGUCAACAGAUCAACAUGACUCAACCAGUCUCUCUGCCGACAUGGAAAAAAGCUUACGAUUAUGGGAGAUUUUGUCCUCUCGCUCAGAUAUUGACCAUCCAAUAUGUUCGGAAUGUACCGAUCUUCUGCUUAUAGGCCUUCAACAAAGGCAAACCACCGCCAACCGUGAACGCCAGGCGUAUGCCGAGUUUCUCAANAAGGCAAAGGCCGAUGUCCCAUCGGAAGAGGAGCAACGUCAAGCUCGCGAAGCUCUGGCUGCCGCCAAACACCAAGAACAGAAAGCACUUGAGGAAUUGGAAGCUCUCGAAGCUGAGAAGGCUGCCAUGGAGGAAGAGAUCGCUGCUCUCAACCGAGAAGAAGCCGAACUCGAAGAAGAGGAAGCUGCUUUCUGGCGAGAGCGUAACGAGUUUGACGACACAGUCACCAAAUUCAGGGAGCAGAAUGACAGCCUCCUCAACCAGCUACAGUUUGACACCAAGUUACUGGAGACUCUGCAGCGGACAAAUGUCUACAAUGACUCAUUCUGCAUUGAUCACGACGGCCCUUUCGGUACUAUCAAUGGCUUGAGGUUGGGCAAACUUGCAGAUCAUUCUGUCGAGUGGCCAGAGAUCAAUGCUGCCUGGGGACUUUGCGUCUUACUACUGACUGUGGUUGCUGAGAAGCUGGGCUACACCUUUCAUGGGUACAGACCUCUUCCGAUAGGCUCCACGUCCAAAAUUGAGAAGCUUGAGUACCCAGCGAAUGACCAAUCGCGAACAGGAAAGCCCAAAAUCACUACAUUGGAUCUAUUCUGCAACAGUGACCUUCCUCUGGGGCUGGGAUUUCUGCAUCGUGGAUUCGACAAUGCGAUGGUCGCAUUCUUAGAAUGCCUUCGACAGUUGGGUGAGCAUGUUGAGCAGUCUCCUUCUUAUGUUGGUGCAUCUGCUCUGAGUCGCAAGCUCCCCUACAAAAUCAGCAAGGACAAGAUCGGUGAUAACAGUAUCAAGCUUGGAACCUUCAACCAAGAGGAAGCUUGGACGAGGGCAUGUAAAUACACCUUGACGUGCUGCAAAUUUCUGCUCGCGCACGCAAGCCAUGUUGAUGAUUUGAAGCAAGAUGGUCAGGCCGCUCGGUAG